AUGUCUUCAAGAACCCUUCAGUCUCCAAUACGGGAGAAAUUGAAACUGGAGGAGCCUAUUUAUGGAGACAAGCACGCGUUAGGUUCAAUUCUUAAGAUUAAACUGAAGAAUUUCAUGGCUUUUGAUAAAAUAACGGUAUGCCCUGGUCCAGGAACAAACUUGAUUCUUGGUACCAAUGGAAGUGGAAAGUCAUCAAUUAUUGCAGCAAUUGGUAUUUGCUUUGGUGCUUCGCCAGCAAUGAUUAAUAAUUCAUCGAAACUUUCAAAUUUCAUUAGAGCCGGAUGUGAAACAGCAAAGAUUCGGAUAAUUCUUAAAGCAGAUCCACUUAUAACUAUACUUUGCACUUUAGAAAAAUCAGCUACAAAACCAACAUGGAGAUAUCGUCAGAAAAAGCAAACAUUCAAAGAGCUUUCACCAGUAGACCUACAAAAAUUAAUGGAAACAUUGAAAAUUCAUGUUGAUAAUAUUUGCAUGUAUUUACCUCAAGAAAGAGUGAAAGAAUUUGCUGCAUUAAAGCCAAAAGAGCUCUUAGAUACUACACUGACUAUUAUCAGUCCGGAUCUUGCAGCUGAAAAGCUAAAAAUUCAAAAAUCAAUGGAUGAUGUAUCGAAAAAACGAGAAGCUUUAGCAGAUCUUGAAGAAAACUACAACAGAUACAAAACAAUAGUUGAACAGAAGUCGAAUGAUGUCAGUAGACUUGAUAAAAGAGAAAAAACAGAACAACAAAUUCAAGAAGUCGAAUUUCGCAUAAAAAUGGUCAAUGCUGAAGAAACUCAGAUCCAAUAUCAUGCUCUAAAGAAAACUCUUCGUGAAAAUCAAGUUGUUAUCCAAGAUUUGGAAAAUACGAAAAAAGAUUUGUGUAAACAGUUGGAAACUUGCAAAACUAAUCUCCAAAUUGUUUCUGAUUAUAAAACAGUUGCUGAGAGAGAAUUUAAAAACAUGCAAUCCAAAGUUAUUGAUUAUCAAAAUUAUUUCACAAACAUGACAGGCAAAAAACGCGAAGCCGCAAACAAACUAAGGGUUUCUCAAGAAAUGUUAGCUCAAAAGUCCGAAAACAUGAAGCAAAUCAGCGAUAACAUUAAAAAAAUCCAAGAUGAAGCAAUUCCUGAAGAAGAAAAGCGAUUAUUGGCCGAACGAGCCAAAGAACUUAAAGAAAAACUUCAUUCAUAUAAAACAGCUCUAACGGAGAAGAAACAAUUGAUAGAAGAAGAAAUGAAAGUUAUUAAAGAAUGUAACAAUGAAAUUUCUAACAUAAAAUCAAAGCUUUCGCAACUAAAGAACCAGAAGAAUCAAAUUAUUGAUAAGAUUAUAGAGAAACAUCACAGAGAAGACAUAAAAACUUUAUGUGAUUUUAUAUCUCAAAAUAAAACCCAUUUUAAGGGCGAAGUCUAUGGACCGGCAAUAUCAGAAAUCAAUUUUCCUGAUCCUUACUACGCAAAAUACUUUUUUGACGCUGUUGAUCCAAAUUUUCAAUUUGCAUUCAUUUGCGAACACCCAGAUGACCAAGAUGAAUUAAUGGCUUUUUGCAAGCAAUACAAAUUAUCACAAAUUACGCUUGUAAGAGUUACAGAAGAUAAGCGUCCUCCAUUUAAUCGAUCACCUGAAUUCGCAAGGCUCGGAUUUAAUCAUUGGCUAUCAGAAGUAUAUGACGCGCCUGAUCUAGUUAAGAAAUUUUUCAAUGUUUUGGGUUGGCUCGACAGAAAUCCUUGCUCAGAUCAAGAAAUAUCAUGCGAACCGCAAGAUCUUUUCCAUUUGGGUGUCCGCAGAUACUUUAUUCAAGGUUAUGUCUAUCGAAUCUACAGUUCAAGAUAUCAUCAAGGUGCUAUUAGCACAUUUAUCAAAGCUGUUAAACCUUCGUAUCUUUGGACUGGGGUGAAUUCGUCUAGUGCUAUUAAUAGCCAGUUGCUGCGGGCAAAUAUCGAAAAAUGUGAAGAAAGAAAACAAAUUGCAGAAAAUCAGAAGAAAGAUCUAGAUCGAGAACUGAAUACAUUGAACGACGAAUGCGGAAAAAUACAAUCGGAACUUCAAUCCAUUGUUUCUCGUUUGAAUACAGCAAGAAAUUCAAAAGAAAAGCUUAAAAAGGCCCAAGAAACUAUCGAACGAUUGCAAAAUGAACUUGAAGAUAUUAUGGAGAAACCGAGAAUGUACAAGGACAAACUUAAAAAGUUAAAUGAUGCUUUAGCUGAUCAAUUAAUGAAAUUAUAUGAAGUUUUACGCCAAAUGAAAGACCAAAUCUUUCAUAUCGACAAGAGAACAGCAGAACUAGAAAAAUUAGAAGCCCAAAAAGACGAUCUCGAGAGAAGAUAUCGCGAAAGUGUUUUAAAGUACCAACAAGCGAACAACCAAUACACCAAUGACUGCCAGAAGUACAUGCAAUUAAAGGAGAUUAUCAAAGAACUCAGACAAGAAAGAAAAGUUUCUUUUACUCAAGAACAAAGAGAGAACAUAAACAACCUUCCUAGUGAUUUAGAGCAGCUUCUUUCGAUGAGGAGUGAACUUAAGACAAGAUUGUCCGCAAUACAAUCGAUAAGACCCGAAAUCAGACAAGAAUACGAAGAUGCAAAGAAAAAGUUGGACGCAGCCGAUACAGAAAAGAGUACUUUGGUUGGUAAAAUCGAGAUUUUGGCCGCAAAGAACCUCGAAAACCAACAAAUUUGGCAAAGAUCUGCAAAUGACAUUUUGAAACCGCUUGGAGCCACUUUUAAGAAGAUGAUGACGGAAUGUGGCUUCAAUGGAAACGUAAGAUUAUCUGCAGAACGCGAGAAAAUGGACAUGAGUUUCCAAAUUGAUUUAAUGGUUUCAUUUAAGAAAGAUACCGAAAUGACAGCAUUGAGUUCAACAAGGCAAAGUGGUGGAGAGAAGAGUGUUGCAACUCUUUUAUAUCUACUGGCUUUGCAGAGUUGUACUCCAUUUCCAUUUCGAGUUAUUGAUGAAAUCAACCAAGGAAUGGACGAAGAAAAUGAAGUGGCCACAUUCACACACGCAAUGAACUGCGCAAUGGGACAAGGAAAUGACACUCAGUAUUUCUUAGUUUCUCCUAAAUUGCAUGAAAAUCUACAUAUCCCUGAAGAAGUAACUGUUCUUCUUGUAUUGAGCGGACCAUGGAUUCAAGAAAAACUCGAUAAACCAGUUUUAUUGAGAAGAUAUUCUGAAAAAGAAUAA